AGUUUUUGCGAAAGGACGAUGUUACAGAGUGGACCUGAACCAAUACCAGUUUUUGUCUUAGGCCUAGGCGUCAGGAGAAGGAUCCGAACUUAAUUAUGUAUGACUGUUAUUGCAUCCGUCACAUUGUUUAUCAACCGAAAGGUUAUUUCUCAAAGAUAAGUCAAAUGUUCUUCAGAAUAUUUCAUUGAAACAUUCUAUCAUAGUCAAACAGUUCAAUAAUUUGGCAAACAGUUCCAAUAAGGUCUCAUUUGAUCCUCGUAGCAACUAGACGUUUCGUAGUUCAAAUUAUAAAAUACCAAGUAACUAUCCAAAUUAUACUGCAUUGACUGAAAGCGACAUUUGUGAAGGAUGAGAUAAAUGAUAAAACAUUAGUUCGUAAUAUACCAUAAAAGGAAAAUUAUAAUAAUUUAAAUAUGAAUACAUCACAAAUAGAGCUUAGUUGGAUUUUGCUUGCGUUGUAGUUGCCAUUUUAUUAUAUUAACCCAGAUAUUUCCACUCAGAGUUAAUAGAAGGAAUCGUUGGUUACGUUGAAGACAUUGAGUUCUUUGUAAGUUUUAGAUUACGAACCAUAGGGUAAAGACGAUUAAAUGUAAACAUUUAAUGUAUGUAUAUUUUUGUUAUUUUCUUCAUAAAAUUUUCGUUGCUUGCAUUAUUUUAUGUUCAGCGAUCCUAGUUUGAGUUUUUGCAUAAAAAUUAGGUUCAUAAUUUCAUGUGACUGGUGACUUUUCAUGGAUUACUGGUUAAAUAAAUGCAAAUAUGCUUUAUACUUACAUUAGCUUUAGUUAUAUUUGCUGUUUUAGUAAAAUUAGUUUUUAUUAAAUAUUUUUUGGGUGCAUAUUUCUUUAUUUCUCAGAAAGCGCUCUUGUGAUGUUACGAAACGUGUAGUAAUCCUUUCAUUUGUGUUCCGUGAAUUCACCCAUAGCCCCGCGGUACUUAGUCCUCCGUGGUGACCUGGUAAACAUAGUAGUACUACUGAUUUUUAUCAAAAUUACCCUUUACCAGUCAGGUAAGGUAAGGUAAGGUAAGUUGUGACUGUUUAGUUUAUUUCAUUUGGCAUGUUAGCACCAUAUGACACUUUUAUUGUUUAAGGACUCCACGAAUGCGCAAAGUGCGGCAACACUUACAUGACCAAGCUGUCAUUGUACUGUCACCAGAGGAGACACUGUGGAAUCCAGAGAAGCUUCUCAUCUCAAAAAUCAAUACAAGAUUACACAUGUCGUUACUGCACGAAGUCGUACCAGUACAAACAAUCCUAUCAAAGGCAUCUGAAGUACCAGUGCGGUGGAAAUGUCGGAAAGUUUACUUGUUGGCUGUGCGAUCACCGUUGCAACUACAAGAGCAACUUGAAGAGCCACUUAGAGUGCAAACAUAAGCUGGUUUUGAACAAUAGACUCAUCGAUGAAAUCUUGGAAAAAAGGAGAAUCUGAAGCUGAUAGAUCGGAACAUCGAAGUUCUAGUAGAAACUGGAUAAGUGCGGAUUGUAAUUCUUUGAUCCUUGACAUGAGCUGGUAUGAGAGUUAAAGGGGACUGUUAUCCCUUACAAGUAGAAAUCUUACAGAUCGUCCACAAAUUGUUCAAAGUAUAUGAUUGCACCACCUGCGGAAAACCUUACAAACACUACCCGUCACUAUGGAGACACAAAAAGUACGAGUGUCAAAAAGAACCUGCUUUCCGUUGUUUUUUCUGCAAUUACAAAGCCAAGCAGAAGGUCAACCUGAAUCUACAUAUACUCAACAGGCACAAAGACAAAUUCAUCAAUUCUACUGAAACGGUUGCAGCUAACUAUUGUUUGAAGUUUGAGACAUCGAAACACACACCAUAAGACUCAGCAUUUUCAGGUAUAUGUUACAAGAUAAUCUCUAAAUAGUGGCUCAUGGAACGAUUUUUCGAGUUACGUUGGGUGAAUUACCUGAACUAGGUUACGUCCAUCAGUUUUAUAAGAGAUUGAACAUGAAGAAUCAAAAAAGAUAUGCACCUAAAGCUCUCUAGUGUUCAGGCAAGCUUGCCUAUAUCGUACCACUUUUUGGUUUUUAUUUUUUCUCUUAAGAACUGUUAGUUCUAGUUGAUUUUUUUUAUUCAGAACGAUAGAUUGGACUUUUGUACACAUGAAAACAAUUUUUAAAGUUUAUUAUUCUAUUCAACUCUUAAUAAAAUUAGAGUUUUUGUAAGAGGUUACAAGAGGUACGAUUCAGGCAACGAGUUACUUAAAUCGUACUACCGGGUUCCUAAAUCGUACCAUCAAGCUCUUAGGUUUUAAUAUUUAUUAGGUAAGUAGUACAGGCAUUUGUUGGCACAGAAACAAAAACAAACUGAAUAUAUAUACAAAAUCAGUAGUUUUAUUAAGUAAUUUAGAUAAAAGGAACAUUUUAAAUUAUGAAAAUAAGUUUAAACACAGAAGUCGCCCUUAAGUCGUGAUAAGUCAGAACACAUUUCAUGUGCCCAUGCACACUUUAUCAUAUCUUCAACUAUCUUGGCAUAUUGUGCAAAACCAGUCAUCUGCAUUAGUCUCGAUUAUAAUUUUAUCUUCUUUAUUAGAAUGCUUAGUCUUUUUAGUAUUGACUUUUCGGUUUGAAAAAAUAUCUUUUUUGGCAGUCUCUUUAGCCUUCUUCAUUUCAUCUUUUCGUGCCUUUAACGCAUAUUUUUCCUCGAGCUUAUUUUUAUAAGGGCUUUCUGUUAGUAUUGCCACUUUUUGUGCAGCCCUUUUGGCCCUUUCACCCAAUUUUUUGACAAUUUUUAGUUUUGGUAGUGGACUUGCUUUUCCAAUUAAAACAGUCCUACUAUCUUUAUGUGGUCUCAUUUUUUCUUCUUGUGUUAGUCUACUUGUUGAUUGGAUCGGAUCUUCCUGGACAAGAUUGGCUUGGUUUUCAUUUGCCACAUCUGUAACUUCGCUAGGAGUAUUUUCCGUCUCGGGUUCAACAGUGUCUGGGAUCACUAUGUUUUCACUUGCCACAAAAUCUGUGUCAAAAAAAACGUUUCGGUUUACAGGCCACACCUUCGAAUCCAUUUACGGCUUUGCUUGUUGUUGCAGAGUUUGUGUAAGCUUCUGUUAACAAAGCAGCUACUUCAAACUGUGUUACCUUUUGACCAACAUUUGUUCGAAGCCAGUUUGACAUGACCUGCAUGUAGCUUGACUCCACGGACUUAAAAACUCUGCAACCUAUGGGUCGUAUGCCCCGGAAGUUGCAGUAAUAUUAUGACAUUUUCUCUAGCUAAUAUUAUGGCCUCUAAGUUUUUAGAAUGGGUAGUGUGUCCAUCGAGCAAAAUUAUGCAUUUUUCAUGUUUACUUGGUUUCACAAAUUUAAUGAAAUUUUGCAACCAUUCAAAAAAUAAUUCUGAGUUCAUGUAACCGCUUUCACUGGACUGCACAAUACUACCAGGAAAGGUUCCAUUUUUGAGUGCUGCGUACAUACGUUGUCUUUUGAAUAUGAAGAUGGGAGGAGCAUAGGUGCCUGCGGCAUUGCAACAACAUACCAACGUUGUAUUAAUGACUUGCUCACCACUGGCAAUAAACCAACUUGAUGUUUUCCUUUAAGAGCUAAAACUUUUGGUGAUUUUCUUUUGUACCGUCGAAAAACCUGAUUCGUCGAAGUUGUAAAUGUGAAAAGCGUCUAUUCCAUUUUCGUCAACAAUCUUUACCAACACAUCGAAACAUUCAUGCACAUUGGUCUUCCUUUAGAGAGCGCAAUCGAAAUGUUCUCUGGUUGACGUAACCUAAGCUCCGGGUGCCUGGACAUAAAAUUAUACUCGUAAUACCAUUUCUUACCAGCAAUUUUCUUCUUAUUAUUAAAGGGAUUUGGUAGAUUUGGAUAGGCUUUUUUCUCCGUGUAUAAAAACAAUACAUACCAUUUUUUUGUGUAAAACAAACGAAUAGGUAGGUGGAUUUAAACGUUAGUCAUUAUAACGAAAUGGGUUCCCCAAAUCGUACCGGUACGAUUUGGGAAACCCAACGUGGUACGAUUUGGGCAACUUUCAAUAAAGAGAAAUAAACGAGACUCUAACCUUACUUACCACACCUAAUUUGAAAUUUAAAUUUUGUACAUGAAAGAGAACUUCCUAAGCUAUAGAACUAGAGAAAAUAUUCUGUAUAAAUAGUACUUACCGACAAGCUACAACCUUACGUAAUCUCAACAAAAUUAACAUCAAAAUGCCCGUAAAACUUUCACUUAAUUUUGGGACUAAGGAGAACACAAUCCAUCGAAAACAACUCUACCCCUGAACUGACAUUUGAUGGGGACGACAUCUACGGUUAAUCGUUAUACUACAUUUUACCGCCUUAUUUGAAGUAUCGCAUUGGUAUGAUUUAGGCAACGCUACGAUUUCGGCAACUUUCCCCUAUAUGUAAUAUUGAAGGAUAUGUUUCAGGAAGCAAAUUUAUAUUUGUUAGUAUCCUUGUGUUAUGGCAUUGUGAUUCUAAAAAGUGUAUAGAUUUUUGUACCAAAUAUAGUUUAUAUCGUAGGACUGAACCUUUGCCUUCCUCUUCAGAUGGGAUGUGACAUGAAUAUAAUAUAGAUUAUAAUUUGUUAUGUUCGAUAUUUACAUUUUUGUACCGCAUUUUUUGCGUUUUUAUGUAAUAUAUUCACUUGUACUGAAUUAUUAUAUGUUUCAAAGAGUUAAUA